UUUCAUUUAUUCGUCAGGUUGCUCAGAUGCGUCUAUAAUGAAAUUAAAUGAAAAUAUUAAAAAAAUAAAAUUGUUAAUAUAACAAAUAUAUGCAUAUACAGGUGGUGCAGUGGAAGUAAGCACCCAACGCCACAUUUUUAUCACACAAUUACGAGGCGUAUACAUUGGUAUGCAUAAUCUAUUAGUUCCGCACACAUUAUCAAUGCAUGAUUACAACUUAAAAGUUUUGAACUACAGAGAUAAUCGGGGUAUGCGCUCGCAUAAAUUGAGAGUAGGUGAAUCGUUAUGGCGUAAUCUUGCAAAUCGUUUAUAUAUCACAAAUAUUUUAUUUGUGAUUUUAUGUAGAAAUGCACUUAUCGGGGUUUUCCUAGCUGAUAUAUUUUCUGUGAAAUUUCGCCUUCUGAUUUUUUUAGUUUUGAAAAAUCUGAUCAUCUGUGUCUAACUCGCCAAUUGCAAGUCAAAACUAAACAGUCAAGAAAUAAAGGGGCAGAUUGUGAUAUGUAGCCGAUUCGUUUUUGUUUGUUUAAUUUUACAAUUAUGGAUCUGCAAAUUGUAUGUUAUGCUUUCUGAGUUACUCUCUUGUAAAAGACUUUUGUGUGUACUUUUGUUUUAAUUGUGUAUUUCCCACUUUGCAUCACUGUGUAUGUAUUUGGUGUUGGAUCUUACUUUGUUGUUUGCAUUUCUUGGAUCUGUUUUGUUUUUAGUUGUGUUUUAGAUCAAUCUUUCGAUCCAUGGUCAGUAUGUCUCAUAGGUCAAGUUCUUUUCUGCAUUAAGAAUGGACAGGCACAGAUCCCGCAGCCCUACUACCAGCUCCCACCACCACUAUUCACCAAACAGACGGGGAGGAGAUAACAGAAGACGAAACCACUGUGACGGUGCACAAUUCAGACCCUCAAAUCACCACUUGCAUCAGUCCAGUGCAACUCCAAGGCAAACCCCACCAAGGUCCCAGACCUUAAGCACUAGAAGGGAAGUGUAUGAGAGAGACUUUCCAUUGUACAAGCAGCCUGUGGAAGUGGGCUGUUUCUCCCUAGACUCUCAGCGGAGGUUUUUCAACGACAGCAGGCAGAUGAGAUACUACGUGGAACCUGAGCGAAGUCCCAGUUUUGAUCUGAGGGAUGGCUACAGGGAACGAUAUGUGAAGAGGGACGAAAAUGUCAAGGAGAAGCUGGAUCACAUUCUGCGGUGGAUCGUAGCCAACAGGUCAAAGUUGAAAUCCAAGCUGACCACAAAUGCCUCAUGCCCUUUAGACUUUGACUUUGUGACCUGGCGGGGCCACCUGACCAAGCUGCUCACUACGCCAUAUGAGACCAGAGAGGGCUGGUUGCUGGCGGUGACCAGGUUUAACGGCACGCUCUACAUCAGCGAGGUGGAGACCGAAGCUGCUUGCAGGGAACGAGAAAACCGCCCAGAGAGGAACAAGGAGAUGAUGUACUGGGGAUACAAGUUUGAACAAUACAUGUGUGCAGACAGUACAAACAGUAAGCCUGACCCCAGCGGAGUGGUCAACACCAACGAGGCCUUCUGCACCGUGGUCCAGACCCGGCUCACAGAUCACAAGCUUCUGUUCUCUGGUGAGGUGGAUUGUCGGGACCGAGAUCCUGGUGCUCCACCUCCUCCUGCCUGCUACGUGGAGCUGAAGACCUCUGCAGAGAUCUGCACUCCCAAGCAGCGCAGCAACUUGCACAGGUUUAAACUGUUGAAAUGGUGGGCCCAGUCUUUCCUCCCUGGCGUCCCUCGGGUGGUUGCAGGUUUCAGGGAUCAUGACGGGACCGUCGUUUCUGUGGAGACUUUUCAGAUCUCCAAGAUUUCACAAGUCAUCAAGAACGAAUACAACUGCUGGAAGCCAACAGUGUGCAUGAACUUCUGCUGUGACUUCCUGUCUUUUGUGAAGCGUGAAGCUACUGAGGACAAUCCUAGUGUGGUGUACUUAUUUUCCUGGGAGCCACACAACGAUGUGACCUACUCAGUCCACCGGGACUCCCAGUAUUCCUUCCUGCCCGACUGGUAUAUUAAGGAAAUUACCAGGUCUCCAGAAUAACAACAGCCAUCCGCUUUCAGGAUUCCUACAAUGUUGGAACAUUAUGGAAUUUAUUGAAGUAAUUUCCAGAUCUGGAAGUUUUUGAACUUGCAUAUUCUACUCCCUGUUCACUCUGUCCGAAAGUUGCAUCCUUUUAAUUAUUGUUAGUAAUUGCUUGUGGGUUUUAGAACUAAAACCUGAGUGUGGAAAACGAAAGUUUUGUAAUUAUAUUUCUGAAAAUAUAUAAAAAUGGAAAAAAAAAAGAAAUUGUAAGUCUGGGAAAAUACAUUUUGAUAUUAAUACCUUAUAGGAGCCCUGAAUUCUAAAAUUUUCCUCGACACAAAAAGUUCAACAAAUGUAAGCAUCUGUCGCUUCACCAUCUUCUGGGAAGAUUUUUUUUAAUAAUAAACAUUGUUCUUUGUUUUGUGCAUGGUAAUUAAAAAUAAAACAAUCUGUAAUA